CGUCCACUAGACGUCUAGAGUUAAGCCAGAAGUUUUGGCUCUCAUACAAGCAGUGAUGAAAAACAUAUGAGUGGUAACAAGUCGCCUUAAUAUCAUUCUUCAGUACUAAGAUGGGCUAAUCUGAAGCAGCAGUUUACUCGGGUGUCACCCAGGGUGCCAGGAGGAUCAAGAAGUUUGCAAGUGGAAUUUUUCUUUAUACCUACUUUGCACUUCACAGCACUCAGCCUAACUUCCUUUCCCUCUCUUUUUAUAAAUGAAAUAACUGGACAAAAAGAUCUCAGGUGGAUUAUCAGAGUGCUUCUGGAAGAACUAUCAGACUUGCAAGAUCAUCCAUCCUGAUUAAGACAACAUGAAAGAGUACACACUCCUCCUCUUCUUGGCAUUGUGCUCUGCUAAACCUCUCAUUGGUCCUUCAUAUUUUACACUAAAGAAUAUGAUGCUCCAAGAUAUGGAAGAAGAAGAAGAUGACGACGACGACGACAAUUCUCUGUUUCCAACCACUGAACCAAUUAUUCCUCUAAUCCCUUUUGAUCUAUUCCCAACGUGCCCCUUUGGAUGCCAGUGUUAUGUGAGAGUUGUUCACUGUUCUGAUCUAGGUUUGACAUCAAUACCUCGCAACAUUCCACCAGAUACUCGCAUGAUUGACCUUCAGAACAACAAAAUAAGAGAGGUCAAGGAAAACGAUCUCCAAGGACUCGCAUCACUUUAUGCACUUGCUUUGAACAACAAUAAGAUAACCAAGAUCCAUCCAAAAGCCUUUCAGCCUACCAAGAAGUUGCGACGACUGUAUUUAUCUCAUAACCAGCUAACUGAGAUCCCAACAAACCUACCAAAAACUUUAGCAGAGCUCAGAAUUCAUGCUAAUAAGGUUAAGAAAAUCCCCAAGGAUGCGUUUAAAGGAAUGAAGUCUCUACACGUUCUGGAAAUGAGUGCAAAUCCUCUCAACAAUGAUGGAAUAGAGCCAGGUGCUUUUGAAGGAGUAAAUAUCUAUCACAUAAGAAUUGCAGAAGCUAAAUUAACUUCAAUUCCUAAAGAUUUACCCUCCAGUCUACUAGAGCUUCACUUAGAUGACAACAAGAUCACAGCAGUCGAACUUGAAGACUUUAACCGGUAUAAAGAUCUUCAAAGGCUUGGCCUUGGGAACAAUAAAAUCAAAGAUGUGGAAAAUGGAAGUUUUGCCAACAUACCAAGUAUACGAGAAAUCCACCUUGAAAAAAAUAAGCUCAAGAAAGUUCCUCCUGGAUUACCUGAUCUGAAAUACCUGCAGGUGGUCUUCCUUCAUUCGAACCACAUUGCAAAACUGGGAGUGAACGACUUCUGUCCAACAGGAAGAAGGAAGAAGAAAGCGUUAUACAGCGGGAUAAGCCUCUUCAAUAACCCUGUGAAGUACUGGGAGGUGCAGCCUUCAACCUUCCGCUGCAUCUUAGCCAGGAACAGCGUGCAGCUGGGAAAUUUCCUCAAGUGAUACCAAAGUCAGGGGUUACAAAAGCAACCUGUCCAAACCGUUUCUACGUUACUUGAAAUUUCCUGAAAAUGCCAACAUUUAACCAGUUUAUGAAGUAAUUACUAUUUCAGAAAAAGUUAAUUAGAAAUGAUAUUGCAGCAGGUGCCAUUGCCUUAUUUGACAAUGUUCAAGCCACAUUUGAAUAAUUUAAGCAGCAAUAUUUAUCUCAUGGAAGGACUCUUGGAACUGAAACUGGAAACUGCACUUGGUGUUUCCUGUAAUAGGUGUUGAAUUCUUUAAUCACGUAUUUUGCCAUAUUCUUUUUUCAAAAUAACUUCUAGAACUAAAGUAGGAGUCACUUAUUCCACAGUAAGGACCUUUCCUUUGCUAAAUAGUAUUGUUAAAAAAGAUGCAAAAACCUACCAGACAUUGACAAAUUCUUGUGCUUUUCUGGUAACCAGUGAACAGGAAAAUAUGCAAGAAGGUACAGCAUCAGCACUGUGAGGUCUUUCAUCUCUAAACUAGAAUAUAUUUUAGUUUGGGAGAUAAAAAUGGUUUUCAUAUCAAGAAUUAGCACAUAAGAACACUUAAAAGUUUGUGGUAUUUAUUCUUGCAACUUGAACGAGGAAAUGUUCAAUGUUUUCUACCAGUAUAAUUUGAUGCACUCUGGAUGAUAAAAGGAUGAUUCAAGGUUUAUCAUACGCUUUAAGCUUAAUAGGAAUGUUUACUAAAAUCUGUAGGCCAGCACAAUCAUCUUCUCUUACCUAUAAUAGUUGUAAUCAUGUUUUUCAUUUAAUUUUUUUCCUUUAUAUUCUGACAUCACACGGGUUAAGAAUCCCUCAUUAAUUUUACUAAGUAUCCUAAAAUUGCAGAACGCAAGCAGAUAGCUGGAACUCAACUACCCUGACUUCUUACACAGGUCAGCACAUAGAACUCUCAAUCCUGACAGUACUGUAUAGAAUGGAUAUUUUAUAUAUCUAUUUAGUGUAUAUUUGCUAUUGGGAUUCAAAAUAAAUUAAAUAAAUUUAACUAACACUUGUAUUUUUGUACUUUAUUACGAUAUGUCACAUCAAAGCAUUCAGAGAUUACAUCCAAGCACCUUUCUCACUCUUAUCUAGACAUUUUCUGUAUUCCUUCCUUUUUCAAAAGCUACAUAGUCUGCAAAUUAUUUAAUACAAUCACUCUU